GCCGACGACGGUGAGCGACGGGAGAGACAAAAAAAUGUAAGUCUGGAGAGAGUUCGUUUUUUCAGAAUUCUGCACAGCGGCCCGUGAAACACACCGUCGUGUGCUGGAGAUAUUGUGAAAGACUGAGAGGGAGAGAGGGGACGUUGAGUUUGAAAAGUGGAUUGCAAGAGAAAAGGGGUGUGACACGAAGAGACAUCCUCAUGACAUAUAGGGAGCACGAAACUGACGACUCCUCAGAAUAACGGCAGCGCAAACGUCAAACCUUACAAUGGAGAACUGUUGCCGGUUGACGUGACCCAGGCCGACUCUUUGAGCUUGACGUAGCCCGUCCACAAAAAGCGGCCAUGAUGAGAGGAUUGGAGGACCAUGAAGACAGCUCUGACAGGUCAGUGAGGCCACCUGUCAAGGUGACAAAUGGCAGAGGCCUUGACCCAGGAAAGCCCCUCACCCUUCUGGACAGGCUGAGGCUGUGCCAGGCUGCCUGGGCCCCAGGGAGCCCCUGGGACCGUGAGGGGGCCUUUGCCGCCUUGUGGGGACGACCAAUAGGGAGUUUCCUUGUGCUGGGUGACACAUCCGCGCAGCCGCAACUCCUGUGCAUGACGGUGGGGAACAGUGACGAGCCAGUGAGAGAAUUCCCCAUCCAACGCUCCGGUGCAGUGUUUCACCUGCCAGAGUCUCACCUGGGCUUCUCAGACCUGGUCCAACUGGUAGCCUUCUACAGUCUGAGCAGAGACGUGCUGCCAGCCUGUCUGUACAUCCCCCCCGGCGUGUUCAGCCUCACAGACCAGUCGGACCGGGCUCUGUCUCACCUGGGCCCCAAGUUCUGGCUGUGCUCUGCCCCCAACCCACAGCUAGAUCACAUGACCAUGACGUCCACGGGCCUCACUAUGUGCUCCAUCCAGGUAACCUCAGCCAAUGGGGCGCUCUGUGUCAUCAACCCGCUCUACCUCCACGAGCACGGAGAUGAUUGGCUGAUGACGCAGCCCUCUCCCCAGGCCAGCCCCACACGGACCAGCCGACCAGCCAAUCACAGGAAAGAGCGGCGGCUGAGCACAACCAGACAAUGGGGAGGGGCGGGCUUACGCAAAAUGAGAGGCCUGUCAUUGGACCAUGAGCCCUGUGACACGACCCAGGAUAGUUCAGGGUUUCGCACUGUCCAGUCGCCUGCCUCUCCCCCUCCCACAGAGGGGGUGGUGCUGCGGAGGGCGAGCCAGCCCCUUGUGUGUGACUCAUUGAAGAGGAGAGGGGAAAGCGGGUCCGCCACGGAGCCGGAAGCCGCUGAUGAGUCCCAGUGCGGCCCCGCCCCCCAGUCCCCGCACCGCGUGUCGUGGAUCGAGAACGGGGUGUGGCUCUCUCCCCCUCCACCCCCCUCGCUGCUCCACCCCCCCUGCCUGGAGCUGGACUCCCUGUCCAUCAGCAGCCUGGAGGAGGAGCCCGACCCCAUCUCCAGCCCCGCCCACCACUACCCGCACAGCCUGCCGCUGGUGCUGGCGGACAAGGUGAAGAACCGGCUGUCGGCCGUGGGGCAGGCCAUCGGCGGGCUGGUGUCGCCGCAGAAGCGGCUCAGCAAGCGGGUCCAGGAGCUGAGCGAGCGCAAGGCGGGGACCUUCGCAGAGAUGCUGCGGGCCUUCGUGGACAACGCGCUGAGGGGCGGCGCUUCGCCCCCUCCCUCCAGCACAGAGAUGCUGCAGGAGGUGCGCGGCACCCUCACCAGCCUGAGGGAGGCGCUGUUGGACUGCCCAGAGAUUCAGAUCCUCAUCGACAGCCUGACAGAUAUUCCAGACCCGGAGCUGGAUGCUAUGCUGGAGGUCUCCCUGCAUAAGGUGGCUCUCAGACCAGUGUGCACCCACCUUUACACCUGUCUCCGUGACUACCGCAGCCGGGACGGUACCCUGCAGAACCUGCGGGAACACCAGCAGGCCCUGGAGGGGCGGGACCCGGCGGAGCUGGGCGGGACGGCGGGGGCGGGCGUGCCGGACGCCGUGACCCUGGAGAGAAUCCAGCAGCGCUGGGCCUCCAUGCACGAGGCCUACUCCCCCAGCAAGAAGGUGCAGGUGCUGCUGAAGGUCUGCAAGAGCAUCUACCACAGCAUGAGCGCCAACGCCAGCGCAGGGGCAGUGUUCGGGGCUGAUGACUUCCUGCCCUGCCUGACCUGGGUGCUGCUGCGCAGUGACCUCACCACCCUGCAGCUGGACACAGACUACAUGAUGGAGCUGCUGGACCCAGCGCAGCUACAGGGUGAAGGUGGGUACUACCUGACCUCCCUGUACGCCUCCCUGUUCUACAUCAGCAGCUUCCGGCCCCGCCUGGCCACCCGCCAGCUGAGCGCUGAGGCCCAGCGGUCCCUCAGCCAAUGGCACCGCAGGAGGACCCUGCACUGCAACCAGUCGAGGCGGGGCCGCAACAGGCGGACCAUUCGGAAGCACGUCCGCAGCGCGGGGGCGGGGCCUCAGAGGGAGGCGGGCCACGCGGACGGAGAGAGGCUUGCGAACGCAGAAGCAGGAUCAGAGGCGGCAGAGGCACCUCCUGGAGGCACAACGGGGUCGCUCCACGCUGCUGAGGGGGGGCUGGAGGCCCUGCAGGAGGAAGAGGGCCACCUAGUGGACACGGGAACAGAAACGGGCGGAGAGACUGAGGAGCCGGGGGAGGGUGGGCAGGAGGGACAGGGGCUGGCUGGUGUGGACAGAGGCGUGCCUGAAACUGCCGAACUGAAAGAGCCAGAGAAUGAGAGGAGAGAGAAGGGGAAAGAGAAGGACCUGGAGGAUGGCCUCUUGAACCAACUCCAAAGUACGCAGCAGACACAGGCAGAGGCAGUUCUCAGGGGGGAGCACAAGCCCCACACCACAGCAUGGACUGUGUCUGAAGAUGCAGCCAGCUAGACAGGGGCGCGUCUGGACCAGGAGAGCUCUAACCAGACUGUCCAGCUGUUAGGAGGUCAUGGAGAAAGGUCCAAGCAGGUGAAGCUGUUUGUGGGCAUCGGGAGCUGAGAGGCUAGUGUCUAGCCAAUCAGAGAAGAAGCCUGCUGACAAACAUGAGAGGAAGGGGGAGUUUGUGACCAUGGAGAUGGAAUUCAUGAUGUCAUACAGAGCACCUCCAAAGGACCACCCUAUCGGGGUGAAUGCCAUAGAGACAGACCGUAAGGGUGCUGACAGCUGCUAAUAACUUCAGCAUCAGUGUCCCUCAUGCAAAUCUGAAGUAUAUCUCCAUUGUGCUGUAAGGCACCAAAUGUAACAUUGUUUAACAUUGUUAUUUGUGUUACACCCAUUGAAGUAAGAGAAUAGAGACAAGCCCAGCACAGAAAAUAACAUGUAUCCUGAUCAAACAGCUUAUGCGCAUCUUUACAGCAGUAAAGGAUAAUUAUGAGAUUUACUCCUUUGCAUCCAUAUACUGUAUAUAGACAGUAAUAAUGUAAAAUAUGUGCUAUACUAUGUCCUGUUAUAUACACCUCUACAAACACUCUGCAAA